AUGCUGCGUGCGAUCGGCAACGGGUCCUACGAUCGUGAUGUUGUCGACCUUGGAGGCUUCGGCGACGAGUACAUCUGUCUACCUGAAGACAUCGUCCUUGAUGGUGCGACCACUCAUGCGCUCUCGGACCUGAUCGAGUUCGUCUAUCCGGCCCUCCCGUCAGUGCCAAUCAACGCGCUCCCAGGAUACCUGGCCCAGAGAGCUAUACUGGCACCGAAGAACGACAUCGUCGGAGCAGUCAACAACAUAGUCCUUAGCCAACUGCCCGUCGCCGCCGCUGCCAACCACUGCGUGUAUUCGUCAGCCGACAGCGUCGAAGCCUUGGACGACGAGGUCCAAGCUGCGGCCGCCAACGAUAACGUCGACGCCGUACAGGACGAGGCUACGCUCAAGUACCCAGUCGAGUUUCUUAACACUGUCAACUUGGCCGGCUUUCCGCCGCACCGUCUCGAGCUCAAAGUCAACGCCACCGUCAUGCUUCUGCGCAACCUAUGCCCGCGAAGAGGUCUGUGCAACGGCACGCGCUUGAUGCUCAAGCGUCUGCAGUUUCCCGUGUGCCUUGCGUUCGCCAUGACAAUCGACAAGUCGCAAGGACAGACAGUACCCCGUAUUGGCAUCUUUCUGCCGGAGCCAGUAUUUGCGCACGGGCAGCUGUACGUGGCUAUGUCCCGCGUUCAAGCUCGCGCUGAUAUCAAGAUUUUGGCUCUCAACUCGAAGUCGGCUAACGGACGGACGUACACGAAAAACAUUGUUUACGACGAAGUUCUCGAUGACACGGAUCGGCAACUAAUUGUCAACGACGCUGCACCACAGUAG